GAAUAUUUCUGCGUGGCUAUUGCAAUAUCAAACGCCGUCAAAGCGCAUGUUUGACUUUGCACCAGGUAUGUUUUUGACUGACAGGAUUCACUUCUAGGUGGGCAACUCGCUGAAAUGGCCAUGCUUGAGUGUCAAUUAUCUGUCGGUAAAUCUUCACAACUUAAAGGUCAGCAUCUUGACAGUGCAUAUGCCCCUCUUCUGGCUGCAGGAACGAAGCGUGAGAUUGCUUAUGUUUGCUUGUUUGGCAUGAUCGUGAAGACAUUUUGGAUGGUCGUGCCCUAGAGUCGGAGAAAUGUGGUACCAGGACUACUGCAG